CAACAUAAGUAUAAAAUGCUUAAAAGACUGUGGCUUUUAGGCAGAUGAUGUUUACCGAAGACUCUAUCCAUCGAGGUCUGCUCGAAGGCAGGACAGAUGAUAUUCAUCAAAGAUGGGAAAAUGUGUACUACAGAUGGAAUGACAUUUAUUUCAACUCUGCAAGCAUUCAGAACAGGAUGGCUGCACGAAUGGAAACAGGUGUCAUGUGUAUUAUGGAAAAAUCUGAAUUUCAGAGAAGUUCACCAAAUGGUUGGCGAGAUGUUGGUGGCAAACGAUCCAAUGUGGAUGACGAAUUCACUGUUUUGGUGAAUGACGACGAUUUUCAAGGAACAGACACAACUUUUGUAUUGAACAGUAGAGAAGACCUUGCAGCUGCACAAGAUACUAUAAUGCGAAGGCCUCUGUUUACUACAGCCAAAUGCCAGAAACCUUAUGACGACACAACAGACCCAGAAAGCAAUGUGUCAUAUUUAAGGCACGAGUAUAUUGUUCUUGUCAACACCGGAAACGCUGAAAUUAAUGGAAUGCUUAAUAGAGCCUUUUCUAUAGCAGAGCAGCUGUUAGACGAGGGAAAAAAUUUCAGAAUAACGAUAUCUUUCAGCGAGUCUGUGAAAGUAUAUUACAAUGCCAAUGUGCAUGCUUCUGGUGAAGAUAACCGACUUACGCAAGUUUGGGGUUGCGAUAUAUUCCUAACUCAUGGUGUUGGUGCUCCGAAUUGGGCUGAUACUAACUUCACUUGCCAAACUACACCGCAAAUCGCCUGCUGGAUUGUUUGCUUCCCUUUGUGUUUGUUUACGGGUGUACCAUACUUGUGCUAUAAAAAGUGUCUGAAGGGAGUUAAAGAAGAGAAAGUAGUCCAGGUUAUGCCAUUGACUGUACACAAAGGUCCCUUCAAAGUUGGAUACAACUUGCUGUCUUUACUGUUCAGUCCAUCAACCAACCAAUAGAAUUGCAUCGUUGACGAUCUUUUAUCAGCUGGCUGGCUUCAUUUUAAGCUGCGGAUUCGAACUUUGUAUACUCCUCAUUUGCUUACGAAAGUUGAAUAUACUUUGUUUUACGAAGAUUUUUGCAAAGCAUAUCGAAGAAGCAUAUAAGAAGUGUAACUGAUUGUGUAGUAAAAAGUAUAAAUUUUAGCUCGCUUUAUUACUUAUUACCUUUUCCAGUAGGAAAACGUCCUUUCUUCCUCUUUUUACCUAAAGAUUUAUUCGAUUAUCAGUUCUUUCUGGCCUACAACUAAACACGUGGUAUUUAAGAAUUGCAACUACAAUUUACAAUACCCAACCUCGUUUCAAGAAUAACACAUCCGCAAUGCAUUAAUUGAUAAGCAGUAUCAGUACCAAAGGCAAUAACAGCGAUUAUAAAGCUGUGAUUUCCAUAAACGACCUAAAUUUGGUAUUCAAGUUAGCAUUAAAGUUGCCAUCUUGUCAAUGUGUACAGCAGGAAUGUAAAUACAAAUUUUCCUGCCCAUUGACAAAAACUCUUUACCUCGUUUGUGAGACAGAAACUGAAGCAAAUUUUUAGGUUUAUUUUCAGAAGAAUUUCAUUAUUUUUCUCGUUAUAAAAGUCAUUUACUUUUCUGUGCACGCGAUAUUUUAUUUAUAUUUUAUCAAUGUUUAUUUUAGUAAACAAACCGCCAAAUAAUAUUGGGAUUUUGGAUGUAGUAUUUUGAUAAAAUUGUCAAUGGAG